UCACAGUUCUCUAACCCGGAAGUGGUUCUUUCGAGCGAGUUGGGCGGACAAGAUGGCGGUAGCCGUGCGCACUUUGCAAGAACAACUGGAAAAGGCGAAGGAGAGUCUGAAAAAUGUGGACGAAAACAUACGCAAAUUAACGGGCCGCGACCCGAACGAUACCAGACCGGCACCCACAAGGCGGAUGACCAUCACAGGACCAAAUGCUGUUGGAGGUAGAGGCCGUGGUGGCAUUGUGCUACGGCGUGGACUCUCGGAUGGAGGAGCAGGACCCCCAGCCAAACAACGGGACUUUGAAGGUGCACUGAGCAGGCUGAGUGGGGAGCGUCGGCAGAGGAGAGAGUCACGCCAGGAAAGCGACGCUGAGGAGGAGGAUGAUAAGAAACCAGCGUUGCAAUCCUCUGUUGUUGCUACCUCCAAAGAACGCACACGCCGAGAUCUUAUACAAGAUCAGAACAUGGAUGAAAAAGGAAAACAAAGAAAUCGGCGAAUAUUUGGUCUGUUGAUGGGAACCCUUCAAAAAUUCAAACAAGAAUCUAAUGUUGCCACAGAAAGAGAAAAAAGACGACACGAAAUUGAACAAAAGCUUGAAGUGCAGGCAGAAGAAGAGAAGAAACAGGUGGAAAAUGAGAGGAGAGGGCUUUUUGAGGAAAGACGUGCCAAACAAACUGAAUUGCGACUAUUGGAGCAGAAAGUUGAACUGGCACACUUGCAAGAAGAAUGGAAUGAACACAAUGUGAAAAUAAUCAAGUAUAUAAGAACAAAAACAAGACCCCACCUGUUCUACAUACCUGGUAGAUUGUAUCCACCAACUCAGAAGCUACUGGAUGAGUCGCAGAAAAAGAUGAAUUCUAUAUUUGAAAAUAGACGGGCAGAAUUUGCAGAACAGUUGAAUAAAAUGGAAGCUAGACCUAGGCGCCAUUCCAUGAAAGACAAAGAUCAAGAAAAGAAGCACGAAGAUGAAAAUGAACAGAAGGAGGACCCAGAAGAUGGUAAGGUGGCUCGGCAUGAGAUAGAUGAGGAGACAGGUAAUCUUCCUAAUGACAUAGAGAUGGAGGACACCUUUGAGGAAGAGAAGGAUGUUAGUAUUAUUGUAAGAGAUGUAGAAAUGGUGCAGGAGAGUAGACUUAUGGAAGACGGUGAUGAUUUUAAGGCCGAGGAAAAGAUUGAGGAAGAGGGUAGGGUUCAGGUUGAGGUAGAGAUAGAGGAACCACAGCCUAGUAGGUGGGAAGAAAAGGAGAUAGAGGUUGAGGAAGAAGUAAAAGAAGAUGAGGAAAGAGACAACGUGGAGGAAGAGGUACCACAGCAGGCACUGGAUACUAGUCAGACAAGUGUUUAUGAAUCAAGUGCAGACAUUAACCAUACUAAGGAAGAAGAGAGUGAGGAGAGAGCUGAUCAGUCAGAAAGUAAAGUUCAUGAGGAAGCAGAGACGCAAAAGACAAAUGAGCUUGAGUCUGAAAUAGAAACAGAGUCUGUAGAAACAAAUAAAGUUGAACGAGACUUUAUGUUCCAUCCACCAGCUCAUUAUGAGCCCCAGACAAGGCUAGAAUCCCAUUAUCGUGUGGAAGAAGAGCCAAUGCCCGAAAGGGAAGCUGUAGUCAUAGCUGUAAAUAUUACAGAUCCCCAAGUAGAGCAAAUCCAGAUUACCCCCUCAGAACAUAAAGAAAAGAGGAGCAAAAGUAGAGGAAGAGCCAAGAACAAAGUAGGCAAGAGCAGAAGCCGGAGCAGUAGCAGCAGUAGUUCUAGCAGUAGCUCCAGUUCAAGCAGUAGUGGAAGUAGCUCGAGCAGCAGCAGUAGUCAGAGCAGUUCAAGCAGUAGUAGCAGCAGCAGCGGGAGCAGCAGCAGGGAUAGCAGUAGCAGCAGUAGUAGCAGCAGUGAAAGUCGAAGCCGGAGCAGAGGGAGAGGGCAUAACAGAGAUGAGAAACGCAAGAGAAGUGUUGAGCGAAAGCGACGAGAAAGAGAAACAUCUGGAGCAGAGAGGAGUCACAAGUCUUCUAAAGUCAGUAGCAGAGGCCCCAAAGGAUCCAAGGAGAAAGGCUCGUCAAGGUCUGACCGCAAGAGGACUGUUUCUGAAGGUAGCCGGUCAGGCAAAAGGCCGUCGAGGAGUGAGAGAGACCGUAAAUCAGACAGAAAGGAUAAAAGACGUUGAUCAGAUUGUGUACCGGACUGUAGUAGAACAUGGUGCUGCCUUUAACAAUAGCAUGGUACUAAUUGUUUGGGGAAAGCACAAUGAAUCUAUUUUUAUUUUACCUUGAUGCAUAAUUUUAUAAUUUGGUGAUUUAACAGGAGGUGUAAGCUCAAAAGAUCUUCAAAUAAAACCAUAAAGGAUA